CUUCCUCAGAACCUCAGUAGUUACGUGUGAGACUCGGGAACAUAACGUGUUGCUCUGUGCUCGUAAUAAUGGAACGACGAAAGUUUGUUGGACUAGAAGUUUUUGCCAUGUUGGCGCUGGCGGCCCUUCCAGAGCUCGCCUGCUGCCAACUGGCUGCCCCCAUAGUCUAUUGCGCGGCCGAGGGCCGCCUGCCGGACCCCACGGACUGCGGCUACUACGUGGACUGCACAAAGAACAGCGACGGCAGCUACACGUCGACCAUCAACCCGUGCCCCGCCGGCACCUACUACGAUUCCUGCCAGGGCGACUGCAGCAAAACUCAGCAACCAUCCGUCUGUUCCUUUGCCUGUGAUAAUGAUGGCAUUGCCGGAUUUCCACCUGAAAAUCCGUCUGUGUACUUUGUGUGUAACACCGCUGGUAGUGUACCGACCUUAACUGUUGCUAAGUGUCCUAGUGGUACUGCAAUCGGUGCUGACAUGACCACUUGCAUAGGUAUUGCCCCAGACUGUCCAGUCAAUAAUGAGUCGCCUGCGCCCUCUACAUGCAACGGAACUUAUUAUUACGGACAUGCGAAUAACUGUUCCGUUUACUACUACUGCAGUGGCCCAGGUGCGUCACCAGAAGCGGCGUACUGCAACGCUGACGAAUACUUCAUCAGUUACAACCACAGCUGCACUAAGUUUCAGUGCACGUCGCAGGGCUUUUUUGCAGAUCCAGCCGAUUGUGCCUCUUUCUAUUACUGCGUUGGCGAUGCUUCGGAAGCGACGCAGCUUACGUGUGCGAGUGGUACUCAUUUCGACAGCUCGGUUGGAGGGUGUUUACAGGGAGAGUGCACAACAGUCUGCCCCGGAAGCAGCUCGCACUUCACGUGCCCGUCCAUCGGCUUUUUCGCAGAUCCGUUGAACUGCAACUGGUACUACUACUGCGACAGCACGCUGCAAGCAUCGCACAGUCAGUGUCCAGACGGAAGCCACUUCGAUAGCACCGUGGGUAGCUGCUUGAUGGGCGAGUGUUCUAGCACAGGAACAGACUUCACGUGUCCUUCCAGCGGCAUUUUCGCUGAUACGUCGAACUGUAACUGGUACUACUACUGCGACAGCAGCCUACAAGCAUCGCACAGCAAGUGUCCAGACGGAAGUCACUUCGAUAGCACCUUAGGUGGCUGCUUGAUGGGUGAGUAUCCUAGCAGGCUGGUAGGUAUGGAUCGGGAUGUUGGAGUGCGACCUCUGCGCUCUGUUUCUAGCCUUUCAUUACGACGUGAGGAAACCCAGAUUCCAUUCUGGAAUUCUCGAAAGGGGACAUUGCAGAUGCCAAGUCCAUAGACAUUAAGUAGUACCUGCAGGACAGUUCUCAUUGCACAUGGAGGAACAAUAGUUUUUGUGACAGCUACUUAAGAUUAAUGUUACCAUCGCGAUAUGUUUGUCAAAUUUACUGCACAGGAGCAACCAAAUCACCUUCUACUCCAUUUCUCAAGCCUGGCUUCUUCUUCAGAUCCCAUUUACAAGCUGGCCUUUGUAAUGUAUGUAUAUUUUCAUAUUAAUUACCAUUAAUUUUUGUUUGCCACAUGAUGUAUAUAUACUCUUUGUUACCUACGCACGUCCUUUCAAUACAACUACUAGUAAGUUCAGUAACACUCUAGUGACGAAGUUGUUAAUACCUACACAUUGGCAGCCUUGUAUGUAACAAUGCUCUGCGUUACAAACUCGACGUGGGCAGUGUUUUCUUGUAACGAUGUUCUUUUCUAUCAAGCAAUAAAAGCUAAUUUAUAUGAA